UUCUUGUCCAUUGUUCAGCAAUCAUCUGCUUUUGUCGUUCACAACGAUCGAGGGCCAUGGCGUUAAACCCGCUCUUCACCGUGACGUUCAACGUGAGCAGCAGCGAUAACUACGGCGACUUCAUCGCCGGCAUCCGCAACAGGUUGGGCAACCCGAGGCACUUCUCCCACAACCGCCCUGUCCUCCCGCCGGUGGAGCCCAACGUCCCGCCGCGCCGCUGGUUCCACGUCGUGCUCCGGACGCAGACCGCGGCGCUGACGCUCGCCACGCGCGCCGACAACCUCUACCUGGAGGGCUUCCGCAGCAGCGACGGCACGUGGUGGGAGCUCACCCGCGGCCUCCUCGGCGCCGGCGCCACCUACGCCGGCUUUGGUGGCUCCUACCCCGAGCUCGUCCGCGACACGGAUAAGCUGGUCGAGGUAGAGCUCGGCCGCCAGCCGAUGACGCAGGCCGUGGACGCGCUCGCCGCGCGCACGCCGGCCGACCUCGCCAACGGCACGGCGCAGCAAGUGGCGAGGAAAUCGGUGACGGCGGUGCUCCUGAUGGUGAACGAAGCCGUGCGGUUCCUGACCGUGGCAGAGCACGUCGCCGGCUUCAUGCACCCCAAGACGGCGAACAGAAGCGACAGCGAGAGCUGGAGGAUCACCGGCGACAUGAAGGAGCAGGUGAACGGGUGGCAGGACCUGUCGGAGGCGCUGCUCAAGAUGGACGCCCUGCUCCCGAAGCCGAAACCCAAGCCGUCCAAGAACAAGGAGAAGACGACGGCGGCGGAGGAGGAGGCCAAACAGGAGGAGGCCGCAAGAAAGUUGGCCAAGAAGGCGGAGACGGCGGCCAAGGUGCUGGGGAUCCUGCUGUUCGUCGAGGUGCCGGGCGGGAUGACGACGGCGAAGGCGCUGCAGCUGUUUCGUGGGAGCUAAGCCGCUCUGUUGCUGCUGCUAGAUUACUGCAGCUCGCUUGAGAAGCAAAUCAAUCACAGUAGAGAGUUGCCCAAUGUAAAUCUGUAUAUGAUGCGUGUAACUCUAAAGUAAUUAAAUAAGUUUUAACACCAUUCGCAGUUUAGCACCCAUACAUAAUUGAUUAUCUCCAGAAGGAAGAUU